AUGAAUAAUGUUGGGGACUGGGUGGAAGGGAAUGCCAUGAAUGAUGUUAUCUUGCACUAUUUUGCCAAUAUUUUUUGUUCUAGUAAUCCUGCUGAUGGGCAUGAUCUGUUUGAGAAAUUUAUACCAAGGGUUUCGCAGGCGCAUAAUGAUGCGUUAUUACAGCCCUUUGGGGUGGAUGAUGUUAAAAGUGCCCUUUUUGCAAUGUUCCCCGAUAAGGCACCAGGACUGGAUGGGAUGAAUCCUGCGUUGAGUGAAACGAAUGUUGUGUUAAUUCCGAAGAAGGAUAUGCCUGAGCUGGUAACGGAUCUAAGACCCAUAGCCCUGAGUAAUGUUAUUUAUAGGGUAAUGGAAAAAAUGAUAACACAAAGGAUGAAGCCCUUGAUGGACAGUGUGAUAUCUGAUACACAGAAACAGUGUGGAACAGUUGGCUGGGGAGCCCUAAAAUUAGAUAUGGCAAAGGCUUAUGACCGCAUGGAAUGGUCUUUCCUACGGGGAAUGUUGAAGGCUUUGGGUUUUGAUAAGAGAGUUGCACGAGGGGCACCCCCGAUCUCCCAUUUAUUCUUUGCGGAUGACAACCUCUUAUUUUUCAAGGCCAAUCAACAUGAAGCUGUUGAGGUUAAGAAUUGUUUGGCCAUGUAUGAAAACUUGUCAGGACAUAAGGUUAACUAUCAUAAGUCUAGUAUUUGUUAUAGCAAGAAUACAUGUGAUGGUGACAGGGAAAUGGUGGCACAAAUUUUGGGAGUGGUCCAGGCCCCAAAUUUUGGAAAAUAUCUGGGUUUACCGGCUUUUGUGGGAAGAAAUAAAAAGGCUGCUUUUGCUUAUAUUGAGGAUAAGAUCAGACAAAGAAUUGGGUCAUGGAAUAAGAAGCUCCUAACACAGGCAGGUAAAGAAAUAUUGUUGAAAAGUGUAGCUCAGGCGAUGCCUACCUUUUCGAUGAGUGUUUUUCUGUUACCUAUAUCUGUUUGUGCGGCUAUUGAACGAACAAUGAACCGCUAUUGGUGGGGAUCAGGGACUGACCGCGGUAUUCACUGGAAGGCAUGA